AUGUUGUCCAGAAUCAGCGUGUUCAUCAUUCGCCUUCUCUUGUUCCUGGGGUUGUCAGCUUUCCUUGUCGAGGCUGCGCCCAUGCCCCUGGACAUAACGUUAACAACAGGCACUUCGUCUAGCUCGUCUGGCUACUGGGUGGCCAAUAUCAAACGUCAGGGAACAGUCGCUUUCGGCAACUCGACCGACUACCAGAUCUUCCGCAAUGUCAAGGAUUUUGGCGCAAAAGGUGAUGGCAUAACCGAUGACACAGCCGCAAUUAACGAGGCCGUCUCGUCCGGAAACCGAUGCGGCCAGGGCUGCGACUCAUCCACCGUUACUCCGGCUAUUGUCUACUUUCCACCGGGCACGUACAUCGUUUCGAAACCAAUUAUUCAGUACUACUACACCCAGUUCAUCGGUGAUGCCCUAGAUCUCCCCGUUCUGAAGGCCUCGCCCCAGUUCACAGGCAUGGCUGUUAUCGAUUCGGACCCCUAUGACGAUUCAGGCUCCAACUGGUACACCAACCAGAACAACUUUUUCCGGUCUGUUCGUAACUUCGUCAUCGACUUGACUGCCAUGCCUCAGGGCUCUGGUGCCGGUAUCCAUUGGCAGGUUGGGCAAGCCACCAGUCUGCAGAACAUCCGCUUCGAGAUGGUCAGGGGCGGCGGUGAUGCAAACAAACAGCAGGGUAUCUUCAUGGAUAACGGGUCUGGCGGCUUCAUGUCGGAUCUAGUUUUCAAUGGCGGCAACUACGGCAUGUUCCUGGGUAACCAGCAAUUUACGACGCGCAACUUGACCUUCAACGACUGCAACACGGCCGUGUUCAUGAACUGGAACUGGGCCUGGACCUUCAAGUCGGUCACUGUUAAUAACUGCGGUGUCGCCCUGAAUAUGUCCAACUCGCCCUCGAACCAGACCGUCGGCUCCGUGAUGCUCCUGGACAGCACCAUUUCCACUACCCAGCAGGCCAUCGUCACGGCCUGGAGUACUGACAGCAUCCCAGUUGGCGGUGGCACCUUGGGCAACACCUACACUCCGUCUGGUAAAUCUUCCAAGGCCAAGCGUGCUGAACAGGCUCUGGCGUCCCUGCUGCCGCAGGCCGCUGAUGCCUGUCCUGCACCCCAGGUGCGCACGAUAACGAUCGUCAAGACUCUGCCUGUCGCCACUGGUACUCAGGUAGAAACGGCCGUUCCAGCUCCUUCGCCCUCUGCCGUGACGCAGGGUGGCGCUGUUCCUGCGUCUGCUGUGACUUCGGCGGCUGGCGGUGCCGUUCCUGCACCCUCGCCAGCGGCUUCAGAGACUACUGGCGCUGCUCCGAUCGUUACUCCAGCCGCUUCCUCACCUUCAGAGGCUGGAUCGCCCGCAACUUCUGUGCAUGGUUCUGCAGGAUCUGUUGUCACCUCUCCGGCUGCCGCCUCUGAACCCUCGCCUCUUGCUGUAUCCAUCGGCGUGAACGUUCCUGGUGGCUCAUCUGUUGCAUCCUCUCCCGCCGCGGCUACUCAUUCCGCCCAAUCCGCCGGACAGUCCUCUAUCGCUAUAUCUCUAUCUCUGGGACUGCCUCCUGCGACGGCAACAUCUAGCGCUCACGGUGGCACUUCGACGGGCACCUGUUCGAACGCUCCCGCCUCCAAGGCACGUAUCCAGAAAGCUAUGACCGCGUCGACCAAGCCCCAGGUCCUCUUGGAUGGCCAAGGCAAGGUCUUUGAGCGUUCGAGGCCUCUGUACGAAAAUUACGAUGCGUCCUCGUUUGUCAGCGUCAAGUCGGCGGGAGCCAAGGGUGACGGUGUUACGGACGAUACCGAAGCCAUCCAGAAGGUUUUGGACAGUGUCACGGAGAAUCAGAUCGUGUACUUCGACCACGGCGCAUAUGUGAUCACCAACACCAUCAAGGUCCCCAAGAACAUCAAGAUCACGGGUGAGAUCUGGCCGCUGCUGAUGGCUUCCGGAAAGGCCUUCGCGGAUGAGAAAAACCCGAUCCCCAUGCUCCAGAUCGGCCAGCCUGGCGACACCGGUUCGGUCGAGAUUUCCGACCUGAUUCUCGAGACCAAGGGACCUGCACCUGGCGCGAUCCUGAUGGAGUGGAACGUGGCUGAGGCUACGCAGGGCUCUGUGGGCAUGUGGGAUGUGCACUUCCGCGUUGGUGGCACCGCUGGCACCGAGCUGCAGAGCAACACCUGCGCCAAGGAUCCGACGUCGACAGCGGCGCCAAAGAGCGAGUGUAUCGGCGCGUUCAUGAUGUUCCAUGCGACGGAGAAGGCCAGCGCCUAUGUUGAGAAUUCGUGGUUCUGGACCGCGGACCACGAUCUGGACAUGCCUGACCACGGCCAGAUUGACAUCUACAACGGACGGGGUGUGUUGAUCGAGAGCCAGGGACCAGUGUGGCUGUACGGCACGGCGUCGGAGCACAACCAGCUGUACAACUACCAGAUCCACAACGCGCAGAACGUGUACAUGGCGAUGAUUCAGAGCGAGACUCCAUACUACCAAGCUAACCCCAACGCCUUGACGCCGUUCACCCCGCAGACAAGCUGGAAUGACCCAGACUUCUCGACCUGCACGACGGACUCGUGCCGCAAGUCGUGGGGCCUGCGGGUGAUGAACUCGUCGGACCUGUACGUGUACGGGGCUGGCCUGUACAGCUUCUUCGACAACUACAGCCAGACGUGCCUGGCGACGGAGUCGUGCCAGGAGAACAUGGUCGAGGUGGACUGCUCGGACGUGCACCUGUACGGGCUGAGCACGAAGGCGAGCACGAACAUGGUGACGUCGUCGUCGGGCGAGGCGCUGGUCCUGCAGAGCGACAACGUGAGCAAUUUCUGCUCGACCAUAGCCUUGUUCCAGCAGACGUGA